AUGAGGUUAUUAAGCAUUAAAGCUGACUACAAUAUGCCCCAAGGUUGUUUCAAUGACGUCGUUCAUCUUAUGAAAGAGACUAUGCCAGAAGAUAAUAGGAUGCCUGCGGACUUCUAUCAAACCAAGAAGUCAAUGUCUAAACUCGGACUUGGGUAUCAACGAAUCAAUUGUUGUACGAGUGGUUGUAUGAUAUACUAUAAGGAUGACGCGAAUGAGAGGCAGUGUAAAUUUUACGGGGCAGACGAUUAUAAACCUCGAAGAACUGAACGAGGAAAUUUCAAGGAUAUUUCGGUUAAACGUAUAUGGUACCUGCCUCUGAUUCCUAGGCCUCAGAGGCUUUAUAGCUCAACAGUAACAGCAAAGGAGAUGAGAUGGCAUUACGAGCAUCGAAGCGAGUCCAAUAUCCUGUGUCAUCCGUCAGAUGGAGAAGCAUGGAAACACUUUGAUCGAACAUAUCGAGAUUUUGCAUCAGACCCGCGAAAUAUAAGAUUAGGUUUAUGCGCGGAUGGUUUCACUCGUUUCGGACAAUCUGGUAAGAAUUAUUCAUGUUGGCCUAUCAUUUUGACUCCUUAUAAUUUACCUCCUGGGAUGUGCAUGAAAAGGGAGUUUAUGUCCCUGACAGUAAUCAUUCUGGGUCCUCAAAAUCUGAAGAGCAAGAUCAAUGUUUAUAUACAACCCCUGAUAGAUGAGCUCAAUCAAUUGUGGUGCGAAGGUGUGAUAACUUACGAUGUGUAUACGAAAGAAAAUUUUGUUAUGCGAGCUGUACUGAUGUGGACUAUCAACGACUUUCCUGCCUAUGGUAUGCUGUGUGGAUGGAUGACACAGGGGAAGUUAGCAUAUCCUUGUUGCAUGGAACGUUCAAAGGCUUUUACUUUGAAAAAUGGUAGGAAAAAUUCGUGGUUUGAUUGUCACAGACAGUUUUUGGACAUGACACAUCCAUUUAGGCGGAAUAAAGAUGCAUUUUUUAAGAAUCGAAUUGAGAGAUCAGAACCUCCUCCACGUUUGUCUGGGGAAGAAGUGUUGGCAAGAAACAAUCAGAUACGUUAUAACCUUGAUGUCAAGCAUAUUGAGAAAAAGGUCUUUGAUAACGUUUUCAAUACAUGUAUGGAUGUUAAAGGAAAAACAAAAGAUAAUGCUAAGUCUCGAUUGGACCUUCCGAAUUGCUGUAAACAUAAAGCUUUAGAGUUAGUGGAGAAUUAUAAUGGUAAAUCUCUCAAACCGAAAGCACAAUUUUGUCUCAACAUAGAGCAGAAAAAAGGCUAUUUGUCAUUGGGUCUCCAGUUUGAAGUUGCUAGACGGCUAUUCCUCCAACCUAGAGAUAUAUGUUCAACUACACUGCGAGAGGAUCAAUUGAUCAUCAUGGAGGCAAAUAUUCCUGUGAUCCUUUGCAAAUUGGAGCGUAUAUUUCCCCCAUCUUUCUUUGAUUCUAUAGAACUUCUCCUGGUUCCUUCACUUCCUAAAGAAGAAGAAUUCCCCAGAAUUUCAAUCUUCAAUCAACCUGGUCGUCUUGUUGGUGAGGCUGGUAGUCGCUACCUCACUGAUAGAGAAUACGAUGCAGCAACAUUAUACAUGUUUCUGAAUUGUGAUAUUGUCCAGCCUUUUAUAAAUCUGUUUAUAAGUUUUGUGCGAGCAUCAGCACCUACAUUAAAUGACGACGAAGUCGACUAUCAAAUUGAGAAAGGUUUCGCAUCAUGGUUCAGACAGUACGUUUAUGACCCACAAAAUAGGAUUACCAAUGAACUCAUACGAGACGUGUCCAGAGGACCAUUAAGGAGGGUUGAGAUCUGGAAUACAUAUUAUGUCAAUGGAUACAAAUUCGACACUGAUGCAAGAAGUGAAGGCAAGUCAACAAUCAACAACGGUGUAUGCAUGCCGGGGACCGAUUUUGGCCAAUCAGAAUAUGUCUACUACGGAAUACUGAAAGAGAUUGUCCAUUUGGAUUUUCUAGGACUACCGAUUAAAAAAAUUAUUCUUUUUAAUUGUGAGUGGUUCGACCCAACUGCUAAUCGAGGUACACGAAUCCAUAAACAGUAUGGGCUUGUAGAUGUGAAACAUAGAGGGAGGUACAAGAAGUUCGAUCCAUUUAUAAUUGUACAACAAGCAAAGCAAGUAUACUUUGCUCUUUAUCCGGAAGGGAUACGUGAUCGACAAGAUUGGUGGGUCGUGAUUAAGACGAAAGCAAGGCACACAAUUACUGCACAAUUAAAGCAAAUGGAUGAUGCCUUCCAAGACGAUGAAGUACCAGUUGAGACAGUUAGAGUAGUUAUUGAUCAAAUAGAGUCUCUCGUCGAUAAUGAAGCUGAACCUGAUGAAGUGGACAAAGAUUUUACAAGGCAAAUAAUUGAGGAAGAGACUGCUGAUGGCGAUGAAGAAGAAGAAAUGGAACUUGAUGAUUAUGAGACAGAGGAAGAGACCGAAGAUGAUUAA